GCUGUGGGCAGGAACAAAAAAAAAUUCCAGUAGAAAAGUCAUACAUGUGCAUUGUAAAAAUAUAUAUAUCAGACAGCAUAAAGUAUUUAAAAUAAAUGUUGCCUGUUUUUUUUCCCUCCACCUACUUCCUCAAUGUCAUUGCCUAGUGAUAUUGCUAUUAAAAGUAGUAUGUUUUCAAGAUAUCAUUUAGUUAUUAUCUCCCUGUCAGUGGGCAUGUGGGUAGUUUCCAAUUUUUUGAUAUCACAAAUAAUGCUGCAGCAAACAUCUGUGUGUGUGUUUCUCUUCACUUACCUAAGCAUUACUUGCCAUUAAAAUAAAAGAGUGGAUAGAGGGCAACCUUUUCUACCUCAGAAGUAAUUUUUUCUCCUGUGAGAUUGUAAAUGCCCAAUACAUUUGCAGGGACUGGCAUUUCUGGCUUUGAACGCUUCUCAUUCCUGUUUCACAUCAGACCUUCCUGGAAUGGUGGUUUUUUACCUUGAGGGGAAGACUGGAGUUGACAGUAUUGUCCUGAAUAUCCUGGAAGCUGGGUUCUCAUCCUGGGCCGGCAAGAAGCUAGCCGUGUGAAGUGGCAGCUCUGAACCGGUCUUCUCCCGCAUUAAAGGGGCUAUGCCCAGGCACUCAUUCAGGGGUCUCCUCGUUCCGAAUGCUCAGCGCUCUGGUGCGGAGACCAGAAGCAGCAUCGUUCUCAUCGUGCCUUCUCUUCUUCCCCUUAUUUUCUCCUUGGCAGUGCUGGCCCCCACCCAGAGCAGCUUCUGGCAGUUUCAAAGGAUGGUCAAACACAUCACAGGGUGGAGUGCCCUCUUCUCAUAUUACGGAAUGUAUGGAUAUGGCUGCUACUGUGGGCUUGGGGGCAAAGGGACCCCUGUGGAUGACACUGACAGCCCCUCACCUCCCUCCGGCUAUGAGAGGCUGAAACAGCUCGGCUGCCAGCCCGUGUUGAACGGCUACCAAUUCCACAUAGUCAGCCGGACCGUGGUCUGUGAAUGUGCCCUUAGUCCUGGUGCUAGCUGCCUCUGUGGGUGGAGGGCCUGUGAGUGUGACAAGCAGUAUGCCUACUGCUUCAAAGAGAACCUGCCCACCUACGAGAAAAACUUCAAGCACUUCUCUGGCCGGGCCUGUUGUGGCAGGCACAAGCUCCAAUGCCAGGAACGCCAAGGGGUCCCUUAACCCUUGGACUGGCUGAGUCACUCCUUUGUCACUUGGCAUCAGAGGGCUGGAGACCAACAGUGGAAAAGAUAAAAUCCUGACCUUUGAUGGAGGGAGACAGACCAUAAAUAUACACAUAAAUAGAUGAUACAUUCCAAAAGCAGUAAGCAAUAAAACGUGGGGACAGAGUGGCAGUUUGUCCCUUAUCCCUAUCCCAGGAAGCUUUCAGAAGAGGCAAGGCCCAAGGACCUGCCUGAAACCCUCCCUCCACCCCCACUUCAAAAUUAGGAUGCAGGUGGACUUUGGAACCAGGCCCACAACCCUGAUCCAGCCAGAGUCAAGCAGAGAUCCUGGAAAAGAAGGUAUUGGCCACCCUCCAAGGACCAGAGAGACACACUUGGACUCUGUGCUUCUCAUUUGCUUGAGGUCUGCCUUCUGAAAACCCUGAGGUAGGAAAAAAAAAAAAUCAGUGCCAUUUUCACCCGUUAGGAGACAGCAUGAGAACAUUGGCACUCAUGGCUGCCACCUGGAUGUCCUGGCCCAGAAGAUGUCAAAGAAAUGGAGAAAGAGGGCAUGGGAGAGGGAAGCGGAGGUAUCCAAGAUUUAUAUCCGCAUUUAGAAGCCUUUGGUUAUAAGACGUAAAUUCUAAGAAAUAUUAAAGUGAUCUAAUCCGCGUGGAGUCUGGUGGUUCUGAUGCCCAACGCAUAAGGUAAAUCGCGAAAAAUGGCCACCAUUAUUCUUCCUUCUUCGUAUCCUCACCUCUCACAAUGUAAGGCUCAGCUUUUCCCAAGAGAAUAGAAAUCUGUUUCCCCACCCCUGUGAACUCUGAACCAGGCUUGUCCCUUACCGUGGUCAAUGAAGAGAUGGUUCAUCAGCUCCCAAGCCUAACCCUCAGGGCGCCCAGUGCUCAUCCUCUCUCUCAAUAUACCCAUCACUGCCAUGGAAAAAGCCUGGCUCAGCCUGCCUGAGGACGGAGCCCCAGGGAUCGGGGUGACAGCCCAGCUGUUUGGCUGAGACCUUAGACCUGUGACAGCACUUGACAAGGAUCAGCAAAGCCAGCUCAGGGCUGAGCACAGAUAGGAGAGAACCUGCUGAGACCAGAACAACUGCCCAGCUGAGCCCCAGCUAAACCAGCUCUUUGCAGAAGUGCAAGCUCAAUAAAGGCUGUUUUAUGUCACUAAGUGGCGGUG